AUGGAUAUCGUCAACGCUUCAGCUUGGCCUACAGACAUGACAGGAAUCCUUGACGGCCUCAAUAUGACCAAUACAACACCCACAGACACCAACAGACCAGUGUUCAGCCUGGCCUUCUUCAUGCUCGUGCUACUGGCUGUGUCGACAGUCAUGGCUAAUUCCCUAAUACUGGUUGCUUUUUGCUUGGAGAAGAAACUACGGACGUACACCAACUACUUCAUCCUCAACAUGACCAUUGCGGACUUUGUCGUUGGAUCCAUCUGCAUGCCGAUCUGGUCAAUGAUCCAACUCUAUGACGGUUGGCCCUUUCGCAAGGUGGCCAGUAUUUUUUUCAUGGGGUUUCAGAACUCUAUCCUGGGUGUGUCUGUUUGUGGCGUUGUCGUGGUCUGUAUUGAUAGGUACCUGGCGACGUUCUAUCCCAUACAGCACUAUCAGAGAAGGAGUAUCCGCAAGGCUAUAGCGGUCAGUAUCUUCACUUGGGUCUCAUCCUUUGGGCUUUGGAUGAUGAUGUCCAUCGCUUGGGACUUCAUCGAACCAAACAAUCUUGUCACAUCGUCUGGUUUCUCCAGACCGAACUAUUCCUUGACCUACACGUCUAGCCUGUUCAUGUUUGCUCUCCGAUUUGGCUUGCCAUUCGUCAUUAUGACUGGUUUGUACGUCCGAAUAUACUUCCGGGUCAAGAACAUCGGCAGUAAGCACCUCUCAAAAUACAUGAGAAAGAAAAAAAACUUGGGAAAAGAACUGUCCGUUGCCGAUUCCAUUUGCAAAGGUGAAGAAUCGAGUACUGUAACUACAACUGGUCUGGAGGAAUUCGAAGAAGAUUCUGCAGUCAAGAAAGAUACAGUUGCGAUAUCAAGCAUAUCCCAGAACAUCGGGAAGUCUGGAUCGUCCGGAGACGUAGGAAGCAAUGAGAAAGGAACUGAAAACAUCUCUGUUGAUCACACUGAUCCGAAAAUCAACCUUUCGCACGCAGUAGGCUCAUCUAAUGGCGAAAACAUGGCGCCGUCCGAGAACAAGGUCAUUAAGAAACCUCAACGGGAAUCCAGGGCCGAAGGACAGAAGGCAAUGCGAACCCUGACCUUCAUCGUGUUUGUCUUCAUCGUGACUUGGUUACCAACCGCUGUGACCGUCACCAUGUAUGCCUUCUUCCCCGAUUUCUACCAGUUCAUCAAGAACAAAGUCGGGUUUUCCGGGAUCACACGCUGGGUAGCUUUCAGCAACAGUCUGGUGAAUCCUUUGGCCUAUGCCAUGGCUCAACCCCUCUUUCGACGGACUGUUUUUAAAAUAAUCGGUCGCAGCAAGUUUUGA